GGCACUGAUUCAGUUACCUUUGAGAAGCCGUGGGAAGUUAACCGACGGCCGUGUCGAGCGAAAUUCGGAAAAGUAGAUCGUCGACAGGAGAAGUAACAACGAGGUCGCUUUUAAGCUCCGUGGACAUCGGAGAAAAAUACUUUCCCCAAAAAAAUCACAGUCUUGUGACAUGGGGAAAUAUUUUUGCUUCAUAGUUAUCGUCGGGCUAGUGGAAGGCUCCAUGCCCCAGGCGACCGUGAGCGAGGCGAUCCGUCCGCAGUUUCUGACGCAGCCGAGGGAGGGCGUGUUGCGAGGGCCUGCGUCGGGCCAAGACGAGAGAACCUCCGCGGCAGAACCUCGGAGUGGCGGCCGUGCUAUCAAGCCCACUUACCUGAGCGAUCCCAACGGCACCCUCUCCUUCCUGCCGAGCGACGUCUCGGGUUCGACCUCGGAGCGGCUGUGGGUGAUCGACCUCGGCACCGUCCGCGGCCACAGCAUCGAACUCAACCUGACGCGGAUGAAUUUGCUCGUGGCCUCCUGGGUCCACGGCGCGGAGGAGAGGAGGGACGUGGCGAACGGCGACUUCCUCCUCGUGGGGCCUGGUAGGAAGGUCCUGGGCGCCACGGGAGAAAAACUCCUGUGGGGCGUCGUUAACAAGACGAUUCCUCUACACGUCUCUACCUCCGUCGCCCACGUCUACUUCAGGUUCGAUCACCUGGCCGCCAGCAACACCGACAUCAACUCUACGGAUCCAGUUUUCGUGAUCCACUACAGCCGCACCGGAACGCCAAUCACGACCCCCGAUCCCGCCGUCACGACCACCACCUUGCCUCCGCCGCCAGACGACCUCACCGUCAGCAGCUGGGUGGCUCUGAACGGGAUCAGCCCAGCUGUGGCACUGCAAGAGGAAUAUUUACUAAGCGUGAGACAAAUUACUGCUAACAUCGCCAAUCAAUAUACAGCUUCAAACAACAUGAAACUGCAGGAUGAGAUCGGGGAAGAAGAUGUGAUACUCCAGUCCGUCCAGACCUGUCACCCACUCUACUGCUGGGCCAACUGUGCUGCCUACAAUAUCUCAAUCAGGGCUUAUUACGCAUCAGAUGGUUCCUGGGCCUUCACGGGAGAAAUUCUCAAGCAGAUGUUUGCAGACAGGCAGUAUGAUCAUUACUGGGAGGAUGCAAAGUAUCCUGCAAGGGUGUGUGUAGAGGCACCCAUAGAAGGAAAAGGGGAGUGGGAUACUUGGGUAGUGGCUGCAAGUAUCACCGCCCUGGCUCUUUUUAUCUUCAUAUUGGUUUGGAAGAUACAGCGCUAUAAUGUUAUUGUUCAGAUGCGAAAGGACUUUGAGAAACAACAACUCGAGAUGGAGAAGGAGUGUGCGAGGAGGAUGUCUGGAGACAUCUCUAUCUUGGGACUAGGAACUUGGAGAAACUCGGUGGCUUCCAGGGAUUCCAGGAGACACUCCCUGCCUUUCCCAAGGAUGAGGAUGGACAGCAGGUUUUCCGAGGGAGGAGAGGAUGACAUAUCUGAAGAGGACUACCAUGGAUACCAGGAAUUUGUACCAGACAGGAUAAUACUAGAUGCUACUGUGCUUGGACUGGAAGCAGAAGUGGAUAGAGAAAACAAGGAUGGCAGCUAUUUUAAUGCUGCCUUUAUCGAUGAUGAGGGUAUAACUGGGCACAAAGCAGAUGACGAAGAUAUUUUGUAUGAACGCCGUCCCUCCCCAGUCACCAUGGACUCGGAUAGUGACGACCCUGAUGCCAUUAACUUCAGGAGCUACUCCAAGGGCCAACCUGCAGUACGAAAGAUCUCGACCACUGCUGAUAUCCAUGAUGACGAAACAUCCCUGUAGGAAUGCUGCCGUGCAAGAAGAAUUUGCAACGAUUUUAGCUGAAGGAACAAACCUCUAUUAAAAUGGCAUAAAAUUCCACUAAAAAGCAUUACUGCAGGAUGGAAGAUUUUAAACUUUUUGUCUCCAUCUUUCAGUAAAUAAAUUCUGUGUAUUAUUCUCUGAGAGCCUUUAGCUUAAUAUAAUGCUAUGAUUAAGAUUUACAUUUGCAUAACCAUGAAGUAAUAUUAAGAGAAUAUGAUUAAUAUUUGUGGGUUGUAUGUUUGGUUCAUCUAAUGUAUUUGACAGUGAUGUAAAUCCUGAUGACUGAAUAAUAAUAAUAAUAAUAAUAAUAAUAAUAAUAAUAA